GUACUCCACUGUCUCCGUUCAUUGUCACGCGCUCCUUCGAUUCCUCUUUUCUCCUCCUCCUGAAAUGAAAGACAAGAAGAGCUGGUUGUUUUCGUUUUGGCUAUAAAUAAAUCUGUUGCAUAAGCCCUCUCCCUGCUUCCGCCUUGUUCAAUAAUCAAUAUACUCUUCUCCUCGAUCUCUUCUCUUGUCCAUCUCCAAUAAUUCUCCAUGUACGCCGCCAUGUACCCGGAGACCUUCGGCUUCUCUGCUUACCCCCAGCAGCAGCAGCCGCCGCCCGACGCCGCCUCCUGCAUCUACACCACCGCCUUGCCGCUCAUCGCCGACCCGCCUGACAUCCUCGGAAACAUGGCACAACCAUCCUUUCUAUCAGAGUAUGACCUUGGAGGGGAAGGGGACCUGUUCAAAGCUCCUGAACCCAUCAUUGAAGAACCAGUGCUUAGCCUUGAUCCAGUUGCAGCAGCCAUUUCGAUGAUGUCUGGCAGUGAGAACGUAAUGGAUGAAACUAUAGAGGUUGCAGAUAUCAGCGACAUUCAGAAUGACUCUCUUUUAAGCGAAGUAUUAUACGAGUGCGAGAAGGAACUCAUGGAGAAGUCCGCAAUCGAAGAGACUAUUUCUGAACUGCUGGACGUCAAGAUUCCUAUGCUGCAAGUGGAAGAGUUCCCUAGGGAAACCCAAGUACAACUACCGGCCAUGGAGAAGGAGAAGCCAUCAGUUCCUGAAUGUUGUUCACUCCAGAAAAGUGUCAGUUCUGGGUGCCUCAACUCAGCUGAUUGGAUCAAUGGACCAGCCAGGCCAAACUUCCUGGACUUCCAAGGAUUGGACUUUGAGACAGCGUUUGGGUUGAGGAGGGCAUACAGCGAAGGAGACAUUCAGAAUCUUGGAGCUAGCACCCCUCGACCCGGGAACUCAGGAAACGCUCAAUUAGCAUCUUGCGAGAGGCUUGUAACCAUCAGUGACCUGAAAUCUGAAGAAAGGAAGCAGAAGCUAUCUAGGUACAGAAAGAAGAAGGUGAAGAGAAACUUUGGCAGAAAGAUCAAGUAUGCUUGCAGGAAGGCUCUUGCAGACAGCCAGCCAAGAGUGCGAGGGAGGUUUGCCAAGAUCGAAGAAGGCGACUUGCUCAAGCCAAGGAAGUAGUAAGAGGAAGAAACAAAUUAAAGUAACUCCUGGAGAGGACGAGCUGCCAGUGAAGGAAGGAACCUUGGCUUCUAGAAGCUUCUAGCUGGUGGAGGAGGAGGAGGAGGAGGAGGAGGAGAGGAAAGGAUCCAAGGUGCAAGGCCCAGCCUUUGUGUGUAGGGGGAGGGCGAGGCCAAGGUGGAAGAGAGGCGCCGUAGUCGCGGCUGCACUUGUCGGAAUUAAUUUUAGCUGCUUUGGAUCGUCUCCUUCUACUACUAGACUAGUACUUGUAAUUCUAUUUUCCUUCCAAUGCAUGUGUAAUAAUAAUUAGUAAUAAUGCUAGUAGUCGGUAUUACUUGCUGCGAGCUGAAGGCCGCCCAUCCAUGUACAAAUGGCUCGAUGAAGAAACUUAUCACUAGUAGUAAUAAACUUCAGCUCCCUUCAGGCUUCGCACUGGCACUGGAAGGCAUCCAUUAUCUCUCU